AUGGAUAGUAUAGCGGGUCCUUCACGUACAAGAAAAAGGAAGUUUGUAAUGAAUUAUGUUGAAAACGACAGUGAUUUGGAAAGAGAAUUAUUCGCCGAAAGUGACAGUGAUGAAAUUUAUUGUCCUGACUAUGAUGAAGAGGAGUUAUCGUCGGAGGAUGAUUGCCAGCCGCCUACGUCAUUUUCUGUAACUGAUAUCAGUUUACGUAGCCCUGUACAAAAACUGCCACGAUCCUCACCCUCGCAAUCGCCACCUCAUCAUCAAGAUGAUGAUCAGACACCUGAUAAACUCUCUGCUGAAGAGUCUACUUCUCACUGGACUUCUGAAGGUGAUAUGAGACAAUUUAAUUUUACAAAAACUAAUCGGUUUCUUGGAGAAAUCAAUGGAACAGAGCCAACUGAUUUUUUUGACUUUUUUUUCGACCAACAGUUUCUUACUAUGAUCUGUAACGAAACAAACGCGCAAGCAGAAAGGUUGUUUUUGUCGACUGGUUCUGAAUAUGCUAGGAUUACCCGAUGGAAAGAGCUCACUGUCCCAGAGCUAAAAACAUUUUUUGGUUUACUGUUUCACAUGGGAACUGUUUCUAUGAAUAGAGUACAAGAUUACUGGAAGAAGGACAGGCUUUUUAACUUUCCUAUAUUCGGACAGCAAAUGGGCAGAAACAGAUUCCUUCUAAUUAUGAGAUGUAUGCAUUUUACCUCAGAAACAGAAAGUGAGGAUCCCUUGUUCAAAGUACGCCAAGUGAUUGAUUAUUUCAAUAUUAAAAUGAAUGGUUGCUACUAUCCUGGCAAGGAAUUAUCGCUAGACGAGAGCAUGGUGCUAUGGCGAGGACGUCUCAGCUUCAAACAGUAUAUAAAAAACAAACGCCAUAAAUAUGGAAUCAAGUUAUACAUGCUCACUGAACCCGAUGGAUUGAUUCUAAAGUUUCGUGUGUAUGCUGGUGGUAAAGACACACAGAUUACUGGAAAAGGACACGCGGAGAAAGUUGUCAUGCAUCUUCUAGAAGAAAAACUGGGAAAUGGACAUGAAGUUUAUAUGGACAAUUAUUACAACAGUUAUAUACUGGCAAAAAAGCUGCUCGAGAAAAAUACAUACUGUACAGGCACUUUACGUAAAGAUUUACGAGACAAUCCUAAAGAAGUGACACAAAAAGUAUUGAAAAAGGGGGAAAACAUAUCAUUGUUUCGAGACGGAAUUCACAUAGGAAAAUGGAAAGAUAAACGUCCGGUUACAUACAUAACCAAUCAGUAUGCUAAUAAUAUGGUGCCAGUUACCAACAGACGGAGACAGAUUACUCAGAAACCUGAAAGUAUAGCUAAAUACAAUACAUACAUGUCUGGAGUAGAUAGGCAAGACCAGCUUCUAGCAUUCUAUCCAUGCGAGAGAAAAACCCUUCGCUGGUACAUGAAAAUUGCCGUACAUAUAUUUCAAAUGCUAUUCAUCAACUCGUAUAAAAUAUAUAACAAAUAUUCAGGCCAAAACAAACUGAAUCUGUAUGAUUAUCGUAUAAGAGUAAUAAAUUCCUUGCUGCCACAAAAACCAUCCGAACUGCUGCCAAUUUCAACAGCAGGUGGAUCACCAUCACAGCAUCGGAUUACAAAAAUCACGGACUUGACGAAAAAGGGUAGAGUACAGAGAAAGAUUUGUCGUCAAUGCUACAAAAAUAAGAAGCGUACCGAUUCCCCGUGGCACUGCAUAACAUGCGAGAAUAAACCCGGGCUUUGUGUCGAAUGUUUUGACAACUAUCACAGGGAGAUUGGAAAUUGA